AUCCCUCAUCGUCUGUCAGACGCGAGUCGGACUGGCGCUGCGUAAACAUCGAAAACUCGCACUCUCUUUUGACAGCUUGCGGCAGACAUUCUUCGUGGUUGCGCACAUUCUCGAGGUUUUGCAGUGUAAAAAGUUUUAGUAAAAUCAAAAAAUGUCGUUCGCCCUGAGAAGCACUGCUCGUUUGGCCGCCUCGGUCCGGCCGGCUCUGCGCUCGAUGCAGUCCCGUGGCUACGCCGACGAGAUGGCGUUCACGCUGGCCGCCGCCAACAAGGUGUACUACGACUCGGCCAACAUCCGGCAGGUGGAUGUGCCCUCGUUCAGCGGCGCCUUCGGUAUCCUGCCCAAGCACGUCCCCACCCUGGCCGUCCUGAAGCCCGGAGUGGUCACCGUGUACGAACAGGAUGGUGCCACCAAAAAAAUCUUUGUUUCCAGCGGUACCAUCACCGUCAACGAGGAUUCCUCCGUCCAGGUGCUGGCCGAGGAAGCUCACCCCGUCGAGGACCUGGACUCCGGCGCCUGCCGUGAGAUUCUGUCCAGCGCCCAGAGCCAGCUGUCCUCCGCCUCUACCGAUAAGGAACGUGCCGAAGCCGGAAUCGCAGUAGAAGUGGCUGAGGCUCUGGUGAAAGCCGCCGAAUAAGCGCGCGAUCGCGGCGGAAACUGCCAUCUCAGAUAUAACAUUUUUUCUGUUGAUAAACACAUUAUUAGGAGCUACAAAAAACAUUCAAGCAGCACCAGAGAUGAGGCCGAAAUAGUGCGAAAGGUUUUCCAGACUAGUGGAUGAACAUCUUACUUAAAGUACGUACAGCCAAGUCGAAGGUGCAGAACAAGAAGCGAGGAGGUUAAUAAAUUCAAGCAGACAGCGAGUUUAGAAGCGUA